AUGGGUCUCGUGCUGCCUCGACGUCUUGUGGACACGGCAGGUGUGGCCUACACGCUUGGCUCGGCGUGCCUCGGCAUUGCUGCGCUUCUCGUGCUCGAGCCGUACAUGGCCAACGACUGCUUUUGGCCCGGCUUGUCGACAACCGUGAACGCAGUCGCCAACCUCGUCAAUUUCGAGCUCGCUUUGGCCAGUGCCGGCUCGGCGGAUCUGCUGCACCCGUCGUCGUACGCUGCGUGGGAUCGAUCGCUCGGCGUGCAGCAAGUGUCGGCGCGAUCGCUCAUGCUACAAUCUUGGACGUCCUUUGAGAUCGUCAUCAACGGGCUCCGCGCUCUCUCGACACGCCAAGUCGCGAAUGAUCUCGUGACGCUCUACUGCUGGGCAGACGUGGGUCGUAAGUGGGAACUCGCCCUCUCGGCGCCGCGUCAAGCUCGCUGCAACGCGCACAUGGCACCGAAUGCGGCCGUGUACCUCGAGACGACGCUGCGCAACAUCGACUACGCCCCAAUUGCGACAACUGGACGAGACGGCGUGACGUGGCUGGACUCACUCCUCGCUCCCCAAGCCCCCGUGGCGGUCGAGGCUGCGCGCUGGACGUCGCAUGGACUUGCGUACUACCGCCUGCAAUGGGGCAACUCCUUUGCCUACAGCCUCGCCGAAUCGUUGGCCAUCACCAACGGACUCGGCUUGACGUCGCAACAGCUCCUCAAGGUCGUGCCGGGUGUGCCCCGGAGCUCAUACUUUCCGUACACGUCGUUGCUACUCAACAGCGCGCUUCUCCAAUUUGUGUUUUACGCGCUGGCCCCAAACACGAGUCUCAUUCGCAACACGCCGUCGCCUUUGACAUACAUGUCGGGGAUUCAGGCGUUCAUCCUUGGAUUUGCGCUCUCGGAGCUCAACCUUGUGCUGCAAAACACGGUGGGGCCCCUCUGCAUCAUUGACGCAUAUUUUGUUCCGCCCCCCAUCGCACUCACGGACGCCGUUCAUGCCUUCCGCACCCACGUGCUCACUGCCAUGGUGUCGAAUGCGACGUUGGCGACGGCGCUUGAGGCCGUUGGAGAUGCAUCGAUCCAAGUGACACCGCGGCGCUGGCGCGACCCGGCCCUGCGCUUCUACGGCGGCAACCCGCUCUGCAACACAGCCCCCUUGCGACCGUACGUACAAGCGUCGUUCGGCUUUGACUCGCUCUGCGGUGACCGGAGUCCGCUCAGCGUCACGUGGCAUGUGUUCAACAGCCUUUUUGCGUGGCACAUGCUCGGCCAAAACGACGUUAGCGGUAGCCAACACUGUGCGCUCGGAACCACAGCCGAGCAUACGCUGCUGUGCUUCGACAUCUUGGCUCGGACAAAAGUCGCACUCGUCCCAGCGACAUUUCUUGCGCCAUUGCCAAUAGCCACCAUGUCGAAGCUCCGCCCGGUCGGAGUGAGUCAAGUGGUGUGGAACCAGUCGGUGGUGACGUUGGAGAUGCAACCGCUUCUGGACGGAGGCUUUGCAUUCUUUGGCUGGAUGGGCUUGUACGACUGGGCCAUGACCCAGCGUGAGGUGAUUGCAUUCGAAGGCGACGUAAACACUCUGCAUAUUCUAUCCCCAACCUACCCGACCGUGCCGCAGCCGUUGACGACGGUAGCGGGGACGCUGGGGCCGUUUUUGUGGUCGCUGGCCGCCUUGGGCUCGGUGGUGGCCAGUCUGCUUGCGCUCGGCGUGGUUGCGCUCUGGAUAACGAUUCGACCGCAAGCGACGCGCUGGCACCUCUUUCAGCGCCUUGUUGGCACCGUGUGGUUGAGCCGAAGCAUCGUCGUGGCGCGGAGCGUGUGUGCGAUCGCCGCCUUGGCCACGGCUCCGAUUGGAGUUCAGUCACUCCACAACGUCGAGUCGCUCGCGAUAGCGCCGCGCACGAUCUGGAUUUCGGGGCUUUUGGCGUACGAAGCCUCUUGGCUCACUACGGUUGUGCAGGAGAUUGUGUCUCCUGUCGUGGCAGAGCGCGAGCUUGCUAUGCCGAUCGCAUGCCUCAUUGUCUUCCUCAUUGACGUCGCGUCGCCCGUCACGGCCGCAGCGAGCCUCGAACGAAAGUGUACGAUCAUCAACCUCACCACCGGCCUCGAGUGCAACAUCGGCAGUGUGACGAUUGGUUGGUUUUCGCGCUGUGUGCUCGUGGCCGCGAUAUGCGUGCUCUGUGGUCUCUGGAGCUCGCGCAACGCAGCGCUGCAAGCCAAGAGCCUCCUUCUGCCCGCAUUGAGUCGCAAGACAUUUGCGGCGACGGGUUCGCAAGGGCCUCUUGACAGUGUCACAGCCGUCAUGUGCGGUCUCUUCCUCUAUUCUUCUCGCUCUGUCUUUGACGUCAAACUCUGGUUGCGACUGCCUGCGUCCAACAUGGCGACGCUGGGGUCUCCUGCGACUCUGCCCGUGCACCAGGCUCCAAAUACCCUUGCCAUCGUACCGGAAAGUGCCCCCGAGAUUGCAGUGGAGCUCCCCAAGUCGGACCGCCGCUUGAGUCAAUGGCUCCGCUACAGCAUUGCCUUGGCCGGCCUAGCGUAUCUGGGCGGUACACUGACAAGCAACGUGGCCUAUAUAUCGGUUCUUGGCGACGCCAUGGCCAACGACUUUGGCUGGUCCGGCUUUAGUACAGCGGGAACCUAUGUGUUUUUGGCGCGGAUCUUUCACGAGCAGCUCGUUCUAGGCACGAAUGCGACCGAGCUGUUUGUGACAUUGCCUACGUAUGGCGACGUGAGCCAGCUGUACAACACGUCGGAUACGUCGACCACGUGGUGGGACAGUGCGAGCCAUCAAGUGCUGUACGAUCCCAACGUGCUGCUCUUGACCGACAUUGUCAAGGGCCUUCGAUCGAUGAACCCGUGCCAACUGCCGUGGAUGUUUACGCAAUACUGUUUUCUCGACUUUGGUCAGCAAUGGGAAAUGGCCAACUCGGUCGCUCGCCAGCGGCGGUGCGAACGUGACACGAUGGCGUCGAACGCCGCCGUGUACCUCGAAGCCAGUUUGCGCAACGUCCGCGACUGGGCGGCGUGGAACACUUGCUGGCGCUCGUCGUUUGAGAUUGGCAUUGCAAGAGAGCUCAUGGCGUCCCCAACGGGUCGGCUGUGGCUGGCCACGACGCGCACUGCGUCGACGUCCAUCGAGGGCGAAGUCGGCUACUGGCAACGCUAUGGGAAAAGGGCCUAUGUGCUGCAGUGGCAAAACUACAAAACGAGCUCGUUCUCGGACGCCUUGACCGUCACGUCGGCGCUCGGGCUCACGUACACGCUCCCCAUCAGUAAGCGUGACGGUGCCAUGCAUUUGGAUGCACAGACCUCACUGCGCAUGUACUGGUCGUGGGCCAACGACCUCCUGGCGAUUGCCGACAACUCGUCUCUCAUUGCGGGUCGCAGUCUCUUGCGAAGCAGUGCGGCCUUUGCGUUUUCAAACGUAUCGAGUGGGGACCUCUUGGUGCAGGCACAGCACCUCCCAUCACCAUUGUCGGCAGGUUUGGCUUUGGUUCGAGACCUCGUUAGGCCGUUUGGCAGCAUGGAUGUGAUCUACGUCCCCUGCCCCGACGCCAUUCGGCGCUACUAUGGGUCAUUUACGUCGAGUGUGCAUUCGGUCUUGCUAACGAAUCUCACAGUUCAGGCCGAAUUUUGGAGUCUGUCAAUGCCGGCGUACUUUGGGGACGUCCCGGCGCCGCUUUUGGAGACGACAAAUCUGCUCCUUACGGGGGGCAAUCUCAUGUGUGGUGACGACAUUGCUCCCGGACCACUCACGUUUGCUGUCUACACGAGCUUUGGAAGCUUCCAACUCUGCAGUACGACGCAACCCGAUCAUGAGCACACUGCGGCCCCGGUGUCGUGGGACGUCAUUUGCGACAGCAACCCGCUCCGCGAAGUCACGUGCACCGACACGUUGCUUGCGAUUGCAACCUUCUUGGACGCUCGACGCAGGUAUGUACCGUCCAACGACAUGGCAAAAGCAGCAGAGGCCGCCGUGAGGGAGCUCAACGUGACUGUGCUGCAAUUUGUAAUAGUGAAUGGAUCCAGCCAACUGUACCAAGUGGGGCUGGUCGACCCAAAGCUGCCGUCGUGGCACCUCAACGGCUGGCUCCUCACGUACGAGUGGGUAGCGGGGCUGCGCGAAGUCGUGUCUUUCCGAGGGGAUAUCGGUGCCAUCACGACCAUUUCGGCGCCGGUGCUCAUGCGAACCAUGCCGCUCGACGACAGUGUCAUCACGAGCAAGAUCUCGUUCCUCUUCCUUCAGUCCGCCAAGUACGUCACGCUGGUUCUCAUCGCGGUGAGUGGCACCGCGCUUCUGUACGCGAUAGCCUCGAGAGGGCAUAUCGAAGGCCUCAACCUCUUGGAGCUCAACCGAAUUGUGGGGCAUGUCUGGAUUGGGCGACCGCUCUUGAUCUUGCGAAGCAUAACCGCGCUUUGGCUGCUCAAUACGAGUCCACUGCUACUGCAGCAAGUGGGACUGGGCACGACGCUCACCGCGCCACCGGUGCCAUGGUACGAGACGAUCCUUGCGGCCUCGGAGCUCACGUGGGCCGUGUACGUCGUCAACGACCUUGCCAGCUGCGUCACCAAGCAGCACACACCGUCGAUCGCGAUGGCCAGCUCGAUUCUUACGUGGUUGAUUACCGCCGUCUGGACACUGGUGGCUCCGUAUCGCUGCCGCGUGCACCUCUUGCGUCACUGCACCUUUGAUGACAUGGACAGCGGUGUUCACUGCGUCAGUGGCGAUGUGCAAGUCGGUAGCCUCGACCGCGUACUCGGUGACGUUGGUAUCGUGCUCGCUUGCGUGCUUGUCUGUGCGCGGAUCGACAUGCGGUGCCGCCCACACGUACCGCCAGUUCGAAUCCCGACGUUGCUGUUGAAUGCGUCGAGCUACUACAUCUUGGACUUUCGACACUGGCGCCGCGGACAACGCGAGGUGUACUUGGACCAGACCUCCGGUGUGCUCGCGGGCCUCUUGACGCUGCAUUGGAAGUCAACGCUGUACAUUUUCGACGUCAAGAGCUGGCGCCUCACAACGGUAACCACCCGCCCGACGACGCCCGAGCUCGCCAAGGCCAUUCCUCUCCACGACCUCGCCGAUGACGCGCUUUAG